AUGUUUGCUCAAGGAAUCAUGUUAAGUUAUCCCACAAGUUUGCUGCCCGCACUCAACCAACCAGAUUCCCCCAUCAAAACUGAUCUUAAUACGUCAUCAUGGCUGGGUUCAAUAUUGGCCGUCUCUAGUAUACCAGGCUUCCUCUUAUCAUCGGUCUUCAUGGACUUGUAUGGCAGAAAAAUGACCCACGCAGUGGCCAUUCUGCCUGGGAUAGCCGGCUGGCUGUUAAUAUACUUUGCGGAAGAUGUUAAAACGUUAAUGAUUGGUAGGUUUUUAGGAGGGCUCACUUCAUCAGGAACAGUUUCUUUAGGAGCCAUUGUCGUUGGAGAAUAUACAUCUCCGAAAUAUAGGGGAGUAUUUUUAUAUUUGAAAAACGCUACAGUUUGUAUCGGUGCUAUGUUAGUACAUAUUUUAAGUCAAUAUUUACACUGGAGAACUAUUGCUUUAGUAGCAUUAGUACCCCUUUUUGUAGCUCUAAUAAUUAUUUACACGUGGCCAGAAAGUCCUGCAUGGCUUGCUUCGACACACCAACAUGAGCGAAGUGAAAAAAUAUUCUACUGGCUUAGGGGGUAUAACGAGGAUGCUCGAAAAGAAUUCCAAGCCAUGAUUGAAGCCCAAGAAGCUAAGCUUUCAAAGCUAAAAUCGAAAGUAAAAUGUUCAGAAAGAAUUAGUGAUUUCUUUCGAAAGUUCAGACGAAGAGAUUUUCUCAAACCGUUCAUGAUAAUGGUGUUGGCCACAUCGGUUCUUGAAAUGAGUGGCAGACAUGUAUUCCCUAGCUACGCUCUACAGAUAAUGACGGCAAUAACUGGAGAAACGACUCAUUCUUUCUACUAUGCCCUCGGUAUUGACAUCAUGAUAACAGCCAGCGCUCUCAUAGCGCUAGUUCUCGUCAAGAUCAUGCCUCGCCGUACUUUAUUAUUUUCAACUGGUUUUGCAGCCGUAGUAAUACUCAUGUUAGUAUCUUUGUACCUGUUCCUUAUUUCUAAAGGCUUGAUUGCUAACGGCAAAAUGUGGAUUUCUAUAGCUUUACUUAUAAGUUACUUCUUUCUGGCCAAUUUUGGUUGUGCUCCUAUACCUUUAGCAUUGGUUGGAGAAGUAUUUCCUUUAGCACAUAGAGGAGUAGGAUCAGCCUUGUCCGGGAUCUGGAUAUCAAUAUGUUUAAUGGCAGCCCUUAAAUCCACACCACACUUAAUGGUUAAUUUAGGUAUUCAUGGUUUGUUUGCUGUAAAUAGCAGUGUUAUGGGAAUAUCAUUAUUUAUAUUAUAUUUCAUUUUACCUGAAACAAAAGACCGAACACUUCAAGAAAUCGAAUAUUAUUUCAAUCAUGGCAAAUUCCCAAAUGCUGAAAAUGAGGAUACGGAGGCUAAUAUCAAGAUGAUACCUGAUUAA